ACGAUUACUUCACGCAGCCCCCCACCUGCGACGGCGCCGCCUGCUGCGACCGCGACUGAAACCCCGCCGCCCCAACGCUGGUCGCUCACGAAUCGCAUCUUCAGCCUCAGCCUGCGCGGCGUUUACCCUGCGCCGAGUGCGAGCGCCGGUCCGCCGAGAAGACCUGGCCGCCUGUGGAAUCCGGAGAAUAGCUCUCCACGCGCACGGCCCGCUGCCAGUCGUCUGCAGCAGCAGCAGCAGCACCAGGACCACCACCACCACCACCACCACCAGCUCUCGCACCACCACCACCACCCGCCCAACGUCCCCCUCGAGCGCCCUCGCUCCGAGCGCGACGAGUACCCGCUCCUGACCCUCCCGCAGCGCCACCAGAGCCGCCAGAGCCCUGCCUCGAGCUCACUGCUUGUCGAGCGUCCCACCGCCGGCGACGACAUCAACCGCAGCGGGCGCACCAGCAUCGGCCUGCCGCGCGACCAGGCCCGCGCACGCACCAGCCUGCAGCACGACGACCAGUCUCGCCCGCCGACCCCCGGGCCCUCCAUGUCGGUUGCAUACGAUGCACCGCCGCCCAGCGCCCCGCAGCACGCAGCCACUCUCGACGUAGAAGCCGGCAAGCGCGCGCCACCGCAGAGCCAGGCUGGCAGAGCGAGCCUGCCGGACAGCGCACGGACGAGUCUGAGCAGGAGUCGCAGCAACAGGACACACGGCGACGGCGACGAUGCAUCUGAGUUUCCCUGGGGGCCCUCGCAUCCCUGCUUCCCGCACCCGAACCCGCAUGUCCCGCUCGACAGCGACCUGUACGACGCGACCAAGAUCAUCCGCAUCAAGCGUGACUGGAUGGUCAAAGGAGACCUGGCCCCAACCUUCGCCAACCUGUACCCCGAGAUCCUGGACCCGUUGAUCAACGAAGACGAGUUUAGAGAGUUGGUCAAGAAGAUCAACGACUCGCUUCUGGCAGCAUUCGACCCCUUCACCUUCCGUGCCUGGCUCGACUCUGUCAUGGGUGUAGCGACCUUCUGGCUGUGGGACGACGUAGGCAUGUCGGGCGUGAAGAGGCAGCUGAACGAGCUAGAGAGCUGGAUAGACCAGUGGAACAGGGAAGUGGGCGAGAAAGAGGCGGUCAAGAUCAUCCCGUUGCGGCGGACGGGCUACCUCACACUCGAUAUCCAGAUCCCAGAUCCCCAUCUCGGCCCAGACAAUGGUACAGCAUCUAGACCGGACACACGAGAAGUCGAGUUCGGACACGAAGUCCGCCAGAAGCACGAAGACUUUGAGAGUUACACCAUCCCCACGCCCACAUUGCAGGUCAACUCCAUGCCGCCCGCUAUCCAGACCCAGUCGUAG